AUGUCGACCACUUUGUUUCGUCAAGUUUCAUUCAAUCUGCAGGUUACCGGUGCUAACAAGGGAAUAGGAUUUGCUAUAGUCAAAAAGUUGUGUAGAGAAUUUUCUGGAACUGUUAUUUUAACAGCAAGAGAUGAACAAAGAGGACUGGAAGCUGUCAAACAACUAAGCACUGAAGGUGCUUCACCUGUAUUUCAUCAGUUGGAUAUUGUUUCACCAGAAAGCAUUGAGAGAAUAAAGAAACAUCUCAUGGAGCAAUAUGGUGGAUUGGAUCUUCUUGUAAAUAAUGCCGGGAUAGCUUUUAAGCGGGCAUCUACAGUUCCUUUUCCAGAACAAGCUGAAGUGACUAUCCAGACAAACUUUCAUGGUACGCUUAAUGUGUGCAGAGCACUGUCACCAAUUUUAAAACCACAUGCAAGGUUGGUGAAUAUUUCCUCCCAUUUAGGAGGUUUGGCUCAGCUGUCAGAAGACCUUCAGAAGAGGUUCUCUUCUCCAACAUUAACCGAAGAAAAUCUUGCUAACUUGAUGGAUCAGUUUGUUAAAGAUGUCAAGGAUGGUACACACUCACAGAAGGGAUGGUCAACCUCUGCCUAUGGAAUGUCCCAUAUAGGAAUAAUUGCUUUAACCAAGAUUCUAGCAAGGAAUACAUUACAAGAUUCUAGAGAGGACAUUCUUAUCAAUGCUUGUGAUCCUGGCUGGGUACGCACAGACAUGGCUGGACCAAAAGCAACAAAAUCUCCUGAGGAAGGUGCAGAGACUCCAGUAUAUGCUGCUUUGCUUCCAAUAAAUGUUGGCAAACCACAUGGUGAAUUCCUCAAAGAAAAAAUGAUUCAGGAAUGGGAGGUGAUGUCAACAAGAUCUCAUGCCUCAGAAGCUGAGGAGAGACUCAAGAAGGAACAAAAAUAGUUCUUAGCUCUUGACAUCUCAUGAUAAAACUUUUUCCUUUGGCUCACUUGUUACUUUAGUACAGAUGAAGAGUAUCGUCAGUAAAAUUAGUUUGGGAUGUUGUGGUAAUUUAAUCUACUCGUGGAGAUAAAAGUGACUGUUUGUCUGAGUGAUGGUGAUGAAUAGAUGGUGGAGGUGGUUACUUUAUUUACAAAAGAAGUACCACUGUUUCUCAGCCCCAGCAUGGUAUCUGUUGUGAAAAUAAAGGUCACAAGCCCUAGGAAAACAUAGUGGCAGAGAUUUUGUAAAAAGAGGGACUCUCAGAGAUGGAUGCAUGAGAGGAGUUGUGUCCAGUUGCUAAAGAUAGGGGCAGAUGGGAGGAGAUGCAUGGGAGCUUUGUGGACUACUGACCACAAAGAAGGAAGAUUGAAAGGAUUUGAUGGCAGAUUAAUGAUUGUUUGGAAAUAAGUGAAUGGUAGGAAGUAUUGUCCCCAUCAACAGUGGUUGGCAAGGAAAAUGAACCUGGCCAGACUUGAAUUUUUAGACACUGAAAAGGAAUGCAGUUCUUUUCUCAAGUUGUCAAAGGGUUGGUUUUGAGAUUUGGAGAAUGGUAGACUUCUCUUCCCACAAUGUCUUUCUAUAAAAAAGAUAUACAUGUACUUAUAAAUAUAACAAGUGAAAAUUAGUUCUGAAUCAUCACUUGUCACAAAAAAUCAACUAUUAUUAAUGGCUAAUUUGAUAACUGAUUACAGCUAUGCACACUAUUUAUUGGUUGUUUAGUUAAGUGUGUUACACUCAGCAGUUUGAAGCAAGUCAAAGUAAUAACCAACUUUUUGCAUGAAUCACUUACAAUGUAUUUGACAAAGUUAAGUAAAUUUAAAGUAAA